AUGGCGUCCAGAUCAAGAUCACCUUCGCGCGACCGCUAUCGCUCCCGCACUCGGUCUCCGACGCCGCUGUCCGACCGGUCGCACUCGCCAGUCCGCCGUCGCUCAUACGAUUCGCGCUCCCCGUCGCGUUCCAGAUCGCCCACCCCACGACGAAAUGGCAGACACAGGAGCGAGAGUCGCAGCCGCAGCAGAGGGCGCACCGCUAGUCCCGCGGUCAGAAGCACCAAAAUAGUCGUCGAACGGCUGACCAAGAAUAUCAACGAAGACCACUUGGAGGAGAUCUUUGGUCAAUACGGACGUAUCAAAGAUCUCGACCUUCCCAUUAACAGAACUCAUGGCACUAACCGCGGCACUGCCUACAUCCUCUAUGAAACCGAAGGCGAUGCUGAGGAAGCCAUUGCCCAUAUGCAUGAGGCGCAGCUUGAUGGCGCCGUGAUCAACGUCUCAAUUGUCCUCCCGCGACGCAAAAUCUCCCCAGCACCUCCCCUGGCCCGUCGUGGCGGAGGGUUUGACCCCAGGGGUCCUCCCCCGGAGGUCGUGGCGGCAGAGGCUUAG